GUGCCGACGGACGCGGACUCCACGGCUGACGAGACUGGCGCCACGCAGGGCUUGGCCGCCUUGCAGAUGGGCGCCCCCGCCGACGCUGGGCAGCCCCAGUACGACCCAGGAGGUGCCCCUCUGGUACCUCCCACCGUGCCGAUCAGAUCAAUCGCCGACGGGCUCUUCUGCGACUGGCUCGAGGACGACAUAUUGUCGCACUUCCCGAUCGUCCAGGCCGCUGAGGCCAGCCAACCCUCUGCAGCAGAGGCGUCGUUUCAGCUUCCUUCCGACUGGGCUGGCAACGACAGCAUCUUUAUCAAGCUGGGUUACCACCUGGACUCCGAGGAUCACUGGCGGGCGAUCGGCUACGCCAUGUACGAGGGUCCCGACCCCUCCGUCCAGCUCAUCACGAGCCGCCUACGCACGGUGAAGUUAUUGUGCAGCCUCGUCGGUACCUCUGGCGGCUGGUCGCCGGCUGACCUCCAGAGGGCACGUGACGUCAGGGACAAGAUCACCUUGGACGUGAAGAGGUGCGAGGAGGACCUGCAUGAGCUUAUGCGUGCCCGCCGCAAGAUCAAGGCCAGUAAACUCCCAUUGUGGAAAGAGCUGGGCAAGGACGGGCUCGAGCUCCUGACCAACACGAAGCCUUAUGCGGACGAAGUCUCGUACACCCAGUGGUCCGACGUCCUCGCCAUCGAUCUGGCGCCGAACCUCGUGCCGACGUCCCGGAGCAUCGCGGAGCUGGCGGAGAAGGGCGACGAUUGGGUUUGGGAACAGCUCAAGGGGAUGGCAGUCACUAUGUGGACCCACUCCGACGCCAACGCUCUCACCCGCCUGCUAGCCUCCCUCCUCAGGCGAAUUGGCUCUUCGAAUUGGCCGGUCAGCGUACGCUUGAUAGCUCCGAUUCCUCUUCGAGCUGGCAUGGAUACCGCGUCAGAUAUUAUGGACCUCUGGUGGUCCCCUCUCCUGGGAGAUCGAUGGGCGUCUAUCGUCAAAGGCUGCUUCUUCGUGCCUCAUCCCUUCGAGAUGGUGCUCCCUGGCUGGAAUAGCCCCCGCCACACCCAGAUGGGCCUCGCCGUCUUCAACUUGGCGUUCACUGGUGCCAAAUCCGUUCCCAGGGUCAUGACCUUCAAACCGGCCAUCCUGGGGCUGCGAGCGGUCACGGUGGACCUCCUCUUCCCCGAUGGCGUCGACCAGCUCGCCCAGUUCCUGCAGCUCCGACAUCUCCGUCGCCCCGAGUUUCCCGAGAGCGCAUUCUUUGGCAGCACGCUGAUGUACAGCGACCCCGACGCCAUGACCCUGGAGAUCAACGGUUCCGCUUCGCUACACCACUAUUGGCAGAGACCGAAGCUCCGCAACAACGUUACCGACCACAUCGCCGACAUCCAGGUCCAGGGUGAGGUGGGCCAGGAGGAUGGGGACGUCUUGCGCCGCAUCUUCAUGCACGCUUGCUCGGCGACUGGGCUCGCGCUUGCGGAAACCGCACAGGACGCCGUCCCGAAGCCGGGGGGUCGCCUGCGGAUCCUGCUCAGCAGCACCGCAGAGGUCCGCAAGGUUCACGCUGCACUUCAUGGGCAGACGGUCCGCGCAGGCACCUACAACGUCGUCGUCGAGGUCAUGAACGCCCAGAUGCACUUGGGAUCCCUGCCGGGAAACGGCAGGCGGGGCCGGGCCGCUGGGGCCACUCACAGCCAUGUGCUCUCCCAUCUGGCGCUUUUGAUUUCGUCCGACUUUUUCCUCCUCUUCCUGUAUUCGUUUGUGGUGAUCGCGAACUGCUACCUGGCCGACGCCAUCUCCACGCCUGCCCUCAAGAUCCCGCGAACAGUUGUCUCAACGCCAGGGGGGUCCAGGCAGGGCCAAUGCUCACUGGACGUCGCGGCGUCCCUGUGGAACGCGCAGGCCCUCUUCGGCACGGACCUGGCGCGCCACGAAGCCGAGGCCUCUCACGUGCACAAGCUCGUCGCGAGGUCCAACGUCUGCCUGCUGACAGAAACUCACGGCACCGAUGCUGGGAACGCGACUUGGAGGCCUCCAACUGGCACCACCGCUUGGUGGUCGGCUGGCGCUUCGCCAGGACACGCGGGGGUCGGCAUCACCGCGAAGAACUCAUUCUUGCAGCUUUUCUCGCACGCCGCCCUGCUAGAGGUUAUCUGGCCUGGCCGGGCCGCCAAGCUCAAGCUGCGCGGCCCCCAUGGCGCCCUGGACAUAAUCGUAUCUUAUUUCCCCGCGGGGGCAGACGGUACCGAGCAGGAUCUCUUCUGCGUGGCCCCCUCCAUGCACGCCGCGCUGAGGACGUUCCCAGCCCUCCGGGCGCAUCUGCGGAACCGCCUGGCUGGCAGGGGGCCCUGGAUGAGCGUCUUCCGCGCGAAGGGCAUCGAUCACGCCUUCCUCGAGGAGUGGCUCAACGAGGACGCUGGCAACAGGGGCGAUGGGGAUACUGUCUGUGAGGACAUGCUCCUCGAGUAUGAGCGCAUCUCCGGCGUGCGGCUAAAUGUCGGCAAGACCGUUUGCGUGUCAUUCUUUAGGUGCGAACGCGAGGAAGUGCGUUGCCAGCUCAUCAGGGAAGCCCCGUUAUGGGGGGCCCUCCCGGUCCAGGACAAGGCGAAGUACCUCGGCAUGGUCGUCGGCCCUGGCCGCGGCACGAGCUCGCUGGAUUCCCCCUGCAAGAAGUUCGUCGACAGGGCCGUGCUCUGGGGGCAACUGGGCGUUGGCCUUCUCAACACCUUCGUGGCCUACCAGUUUUUCGUGAGCUCAGUCGUCAUAUUCGUCGCGCAGCUCGACCCGCUGCCGUGCUCCUUUGACGCGAUCGAGCUACAAGCGUGCCUGGCGCUGUUCCGCGGCUCUGAGGAUUGGUUCUCCGUGGAUGCGUUGAAAGAUCUGAAAUCGAUGAGUUUCGCGAUGGGCUUCCCCGACGUCUCUCGCCGCUCGUGCGGCGAGGGCCAGGGUCGCCAGCUCCACCAGCUGAGCCGCGACGCCAGGAACCAGGCCCGGGUUGGGCAUUCCCAGCUGUACAUCGACCAGAACUUGUUCUCGCUCCGCGACGCCACCACUGAGCUGACAGCAGCCGAGCGGCAAGUGCGCGCG